CAUGUUUUGUGGUCACUUGUUCUGUUAUUUGUGCAAAAUGAGAGUUUUUAACAACAAAUUUCCAUAUAAAAAGUGUCCCUCCAAGAUUUUUUUGUGCAGAAUUACAUACAUACAUACAUAUUUGGAAGUACAACUACACCAUUCGCACACCCUGUAACUCACAAGGCUGUAAGGCUUCACUCUCAUUAUUUGGUGGUGAAUCAAGCAUUAACCCAGUAACAAGGUUGAUGGUACAUUCAACAAAGGAAGCCAAGAAGUCUUGCGGAAACUCAGAUGAACAACAGAGGGUACCCCAUGGGGGCAUGUCCGCAACAAAAAAAUAGCAGAAAUAAAGGGAUUGGUAACUCGAGCGACGUACGUUUCUGCUUAUGGACUUCAGGCUAUCAGGUAAAAAUGGGUGCGCUUGAAAACACCGAAGUGAAAACAUAUGUCCAUCAGAUUUGGAUAUGGAUGCAACCUCAAUUGUCCUUAUUAAACUCAAUUACAGUCACUGGUUUUUAGGUAUGCUUGCCGAUAAUCCAAACAUAGCUUUAGAUAUUUUUCGGACUG